GUGCCCCAAAUAGAUCUGCUGCGAUACGUUCAUGAAAUGAUUCAAAAUGUUAACCUUCCGUAUAUAAACGAGCCAAUAACUGAAAUUCUAGUAACCUAGUAAGCUGCUAGUAACUGAAAUCUUUCAUUUAUUUUUACCUCAACAACAACAUAAGAUUUCAGAUGUAAUGAUGACGAUGUGGUUGCUAUGGUAACACUAUGGUGACGAUGUGGAUUUAUGCCGCACAUUGUCGCAGUUCACACUGGAGCUGGAAACUGUUCACAUGAAACAAACAAACUCCUAAAGAUCUUAUGCAAAAGUGUAUGCAGUGAAGUGUCCGCACUAUUAGCUGGUGGGAGAAGUGCUACUGAUGCUGCUGUAGCCGGAUCACUUCUAUUAGAAGAUUCCCCUCUCACUAAUGCUGGCUUGGGAAGUUCUAUUACAGAUGAUAAAAAGACAAGGACCGAGGCUUCUAUCUGCUCGACAGUCUCCGGAUUUCACUGUGCUGGUGAUCUGGAAAAUGUUAGACACCCUAUAAAGAUAGUGGAGAUGAUGGCUAGGGACACCCUGGAAAAUACCUCACAGUACAUUCCUCCCAGGAUCAUGGUGGGACAAAGUGCUAUUGAUCGGUACUCUCAGAAAGAUGCUGUCAUCUGCCAAACCAACAUCUGUACAAAAAGAAGUAUCAAGAUGUUCUACAAAGCCGAAAAGUACUUCAAUGGUAAAUUACCCGCAAAAAGACGGAAGGUCGACCCUGAGGUAGCUAUCAAAGAUCCGGAUGAAAUAAAGAAAGAAGUCUCGUUUAGCGAAAGUAGUAAAAUAGCAUCUAACCAUGAGAAAGAAGAAGGACCAGAUGGUGUUGAGGACACAGUGGGAGUUGUAUGUAUUGAUAGUACUGGUGAUAUCACCUGUGCAACUUCCUCAGGGGGCAGUGUUUACAAGUACAGCGGCAGACUUGGACAGUGCUGUACCCACGGUGCAGGGAGUUACACAACACCUUCCCUUGGUAUCGUAACCACUGGCAACGGAGAGCAGAUCAUCAACAAGCUAAUAGCAGUGACCGUGGCACACAAACUACCUUACUGCACGGACCCGCGCGCUGCGCUGGACGCGUGCUUCCAGCACAAGGAGAGUAGGAUGUGUGGGUUUGUAGCAGUGGAGAAAGGUGAGGAGGGUGUGGCGACUGUGCACGUGCAACACACCCUGACUAAUAUGGUGGUGGGGUUUAUGAGUGCGCAGAUGGAGGCACCUGUUGUCAGAGUCGUCACUAGUGAGGCUCCUGUUUUUAUAGAAACUGUCAGGAUGUGAAAUGAGGCCAUCUGAGGAUAUAUACCACUACCACCCGACCCUGUUUAUUGACUUUCAGCUGUGUCGACCUGUUUUAUUAUUCAUUUCAGUUGAUAUCUGCCUGUAAAAUUGAUUCCAAUUGGUUUUAUCUAGAAUUAAUAUAAUAUUAUGUUUUUAACAGAUGAUUUGAUACUUAAUUUAUUGUUUUGAUAACAUAAUGUCGUUAUCUAAAAAAACUAAUGAUUCAUCCA